AUGGAAGCGAUGGGUGUCAAAGACAAAUCUACAAGCUCAACUGCAAAGGUGUGCACUUCAGUCACAUCCAAAGGUCAUAGAAAUGACACUUGCAGCAUGUGCAAAAAGGGAAAACAUCCAUUAUUUUCUUGCAAGGAAUUUUUACAACAGUCUCCAUCGGCACGCUUUCAGUUCAUAAAAGGGCAGAAAUAUUGCCACAAUUGCCUAAAACCAGGACAUGGUUCUAAAAAUUGUAUAUUAAGAAACUGUCUGAAAUGCAACAAAAAACACAACACGCUGUUACAUUUCGAUGAUUCAAAAAGGGAUGUGAGCAAAGACAUUACAUCAGUAGCCACUCCAACACAAGGCAACGAAUCGCAAAGUACUACACCAUCCAGGACCAAAUCAACGCCAUCAAAAGACGAAGCAGCGUCACUUACCACCGCAAAGCACACAAAGUCAAACACGUAUGUACUACUCAGCACUGCCAUGGUGAAAGUUAGAGGAAUCGGAACAGAAGUGCAGUGUCGGCCAAUUCUCGAUUCAGGCUCACAAGUUAAUUUUGUGACUGAACGAUUGGUUAAACGUCUUGGCAUCUCAACUAAACCAUCAUCAAUCUCCAUUAGUGGCAUCGGGUCAAGGAGCACUAAGAUACAGCAUCGAGUCAAUGUGGCGCUACAGUCUCGGAUCAACAACUUUACAACGCGGCUAGAGGCAGCGGUAUUGCCUCAGAUUAUAUCCCCGCAGCCGUCGCAAGAAAUCAAGAUCGACGAAUGGCAAAUUCCUGAGAACAUCAUGUUAGCCGAUCCAUCAUUCAAUCGUCCUGACAAAAUUGAUAUAUUGUUGGGGGCGGAAUUCUACAACCAACUCAUGGCAGCAGGGCAAAUCAAACUGUCAGAUGACCUACCCAUUCUGCAAAAUACAGUGCUGGGAUGGACCAUCGCGGGAAAAGUUGGUGGCAACUACAUCUCAAAUGCAAUAUGUGGAAUCUGUACCAACGAUGACAUCAACUUAGAUGCAGCCAUUGCUCGAUUAUGGGAACUUGAGGACGUGGCAACUGUAAGAAAACAACAUUCGGUAGCAGAAAAACAGUGCGAAGCUCAUUUCGCACAACAUACACUCAUCAAUGAAAAUGGGAGAUUCAUGGUAAGGCUACCAUUUCAUGAAAAUCCGGAGGCCUUAGGGGAAUCCUAUGGGAUGGCGUAUAAUCGAUUCCUGGCCUUAGAACGUCGACUGGCAAAAUCGCUCCAGACAAAGAAUCAAUAUGUACAAUUUAUGGAGGAAUAUGAGAACUUGGGGCACAUGACGCAAGUGGAUAUUGAUUCCAUCAGUAAACCUAGGUACUUCAUUCCUCACCAUUGCAUUGUGAGACCCGAAAGCCGCACUACAAAAUCGUCCACUGGCAUGUCUUUGAAUGACCUCAUGUAUACCGGGCCCACUGUUCAGAGCGAGCUUUUCACCAUUUUACUUCGCUUCCGUUUGCCCAGGUUCGUCUUCACCACAGAUGUAGAAAAAAUGUAUCGACAGAUGCUCAUUCAACCGGACGAACGCAAAUUCCAACUUAUCAUCUGGCGAAAGGAUUCAAGCCUACCAAUAAAGCAUUAUCAGCUAAAUACAAUCACAUAUGGGACAAGAUCUGCUCCAUAUUUAGCCACCUAA